UGUGUGUGUGUGUGUGUGUUGAGGAUGUGUGGUAUGUCGGUGCUGUUAGAUGACGGUGGAGGGGAUGAAGACUUUGACUCAGGUGAUGGGAUCCGGAUGCUGGCUCCUCCCCCUGCUCAGUGUGAGGGUGGGGUCUGGGGGUCACGGCGGGGUCACUGUGGGUGUGUGCUGUGGACGCUGCUGCUGAUGCUGUGGGACGUCCUGCUGCUGCUGGGGUGUGUGCUGCUGAUGCUCCUGAUCUUCAGCCUCAUCCUGCUGCCCACCGCCCUGCUGCUGUACACCGGCUUCCUGUGCCACACACGGGUCGUGGCCUCUCGUGCUGCUCUUUGUCUCUAUCUUAACGACAACGGUUGCUCUGGUCUCAUCAUCCUGGGCUUUGUGAUGAUGUCUCCGCUGGUGGUGAUUGCUGCGGCAACGUUCUGUGCUCUUCUCAGGCGGCUCCACCUACUCUUAUAUUUUCAGCCAAUCAGAGAAGCUCGGUACCAAGGGCGGGGCUUGGGCUGGAGGCGGGACAUCCACGCCUGGGUUUGACUGACAGACACGCCCACCAUACAACAGUAA